AUGAUAAAACCAAAUGGACUACAUUUUUUUCUAUUUUUGUCUUCCAUCCCAUUUUUCAUAACUGGAUUUAUAGGAAAUGUCUUGGUUAUACACAUCGUGCAUAAAACACGUGAAAUGCACACAACUACAAAUUAUCUUCUAGCUAACAUGGCCGUUAGCGAUGUCGUCAGUGUUAUCUUGCUUCCAUUAUACGAUGUCGUCCAGUAUCAACUUGGAAGUGUAAAUAACAACUUAGAGAAAUUCACUUGCAAAUCAGUCGCCCUCGUUCAAAUAUGUAUAAUAGUGUCCUGCACAACUCUUACAUUGAUAGCGGUGGAAAGAUAUCAUGCCUUGCUGAAACCUUUCCGAACUGAAUUGCGAUUAAGCGACGACAACGUAAAGAAGGCCAUUGCUAUUAUUUGGAUCAUAAGUGUUCUUUUGUCGUUACCUUCCUUCUUCUUAAAUAAAUGGAGCGUCGAAGAAGAUGCAGUUGAGGCCCUCCCAUGCGUUGGUCCGUGGACUUUACGCAUGAAUCAAGCAAGCAAAAUAUAUUUGAUCGUACACGCGUCAAUUUUCUUUAUUCAACUGACAACCAUGUGUUACUGCUAUGCAUCUCUUAUCAAGGGACUUUAUUUUACCAACACAGUGUGUCCAGAAGAAACGGAAGGAGAAAGAGGUUCAGAGAGGAAGAAACUCGUUUUGACAUUUCUCUUAGCAACCACGGGAUUUUUGAUCGGUUAUGCCCCUGGAGUUUUGUUCUACACAUUCGUCGCAUCACGGGAUGUUCAACAGGAAGACUUAUUAUUGUACUCUGUUCUUAGAGCUGUGCUAUCCUUUUUGUUAGAGUGUAGUUUAUGUCUAAACCCAAUUUUCUACGCCUUUCGCAGUGCGCACUUUAAGCAAGGUUUUAAACGGCUUCUGAAAUGCCAAGAGUCUACAUCACAGAAUGAGAUUCAGCUUGGAGCAUAA